AUGGGUAAGAGGGCUGCGGAUGAGGGGCGAAACUCCAUCUAUCCCCAGAUCGAUUUCUGCAAGAAUCCGAACUCCAUCUGCGACCCCAGCAGUCCACCAGAGCUGAAGUGGGUUGCCGGCAUGUUCUAUUGGCUUAACGCAGUGCAACCAUACAACUCUGGCGGAUGGAAUUACAUCACCGAACUGAAGAAGUGGGUGGACAACGGCAUGCAGACUGGUGACCGGUCGUUCAUCAACGGGGCCUCCGGCAUCGUCAACCGCGGCUGCCAUAACCCGCCCAACUGCGGCACGGGAGAGCUUCAUGCGGCCUCC